CAUCAGUCCAGCAUUUUAGCAUUGCAUUGUUUCUCGAAACCUUUGACGAGAACUCGACCGAUGACGACUGCGGCCGACCUGACUGAGGAAGCGCGCCGCAUUGCCCGCGACAAGGCGCGCAUGGAGGCCGACCUGGCCGCGCUGCUGAGUGCGCUGUCGAGCCACGGUGCGGACAUGGCGUCGCCGCUCGUGGACAGCGACGGGUUUCCGCGCAAUGACAUUGACGUCCACGCAGUGAGGUCGCUCCGGAACCAAGUCGUCGUCCUCCGCAACGACCUGCGCGCAAUCAUGAAGCAAGCAGAGGUCGCUCUGCAGGCACUGCACGCGUCAAAGCGAUCCCAAGGUGCUGCUGCUGCUGCCCCGGCUCCAGCUCAGUCCGCUCCAGCUCCAAGUACAAGCACAUUGAGCGACGCAAUGACCGGUCUGACCGUCGCCCGCCAAGUCUCUGUGCCCGCCGAUGCAGACGCCGCGCUGCUGCCAUUUGCAAGAGUCGAUCAAGUGGCGCCGUCGUCGCCAGCGAGCGCUGCAGGGCUCGUGAUUGGCGAUUUGCUGCUGCAGCUUGGCUCCAUCCGCCGUCAUAACUUUACCAAUCUUGCAUCGGUGGGCGAGGUUGUGCGUGCGAGCGAGAAUGCUCCAGUCGACGUGUUGGUCGAUCGACACAGCCAACUCCUUGCGCUCACAUUGACACCACGGCGGUGGUCUGGCCAAGGUCUGCUCGGAUGCCGGAUAGUCCCAUUGUAACUUUUGGUAGACCUGCCGAUCGAUGGGAUGCACCUUAUUUUCGAUUACUGUACAUUAUUUGCAUGGAGAUGUGGCCGCUCUGAAUAUACAAGCUGUCUGUGCGCCACAACAAAGUACUAUUCCUCUCAGGUCUGUCCCUCACGACACAAUCAACAACUGCAUCCACGUUGAAUCUAUCGGCA